AUGACGGCAGAUUACGUGGCCGUUGCCGCGGCCGGGAUUCUCCUCAUAACCGCCAUUGCAGCAACAGUUUUCUUUCUCAUCAACAACAUGAAGAAGCUGAGGAGAGAGGAUUCGAUCAAGCACGAGGCGGAUUCCGAGCUGCAGAGGCUGAGCUUGAGCUUCCGCACCGCGACAGACAACAAAGUCUCCUUCGACGGAUCUCGCCACAGCUUCGACGAACCAAGCUACGAAGCAAACAGAAAUCUCCUCCGAACCUACAGCUUCGAGCAGCUGCAGAAGGCCACGCAGCAUUUCAGCUCGAGCAACCUCAUCUCCGGCGCCGUCCACCGCGGCCGCCUCGACGGUGGAGACGUCGCGAUCCGCCGCCUCCCGAGGCAUGUGGUUUCGAGGAUCGCGAAUCAGAGGGCGAUCGAUCACCCUAAUUUAAUCAGGGUUUAUGGCACCGCGGAGGAUAAUGGAUCGAAUUCGUUCCUGAUUCUCGAAUACGCAAGCAACGGAUCGGUGAGGGAUUGGAUCCAUGGAGGAUUGGCGAUGAAAAAUCAAUUCAUCGCGUCGUGCGAUCGGUUUUUGGAUUGGAACCGGAGGUUGAAGAUAUGUCUGGAUGUAGCGAAUGCGAUGCGGUUUCUUCACGACGCGGUUAAUCUCUUCCACAUAGGAUUGAGCGUGGGGAAUAUAUUCCUCGACGGCGAAUUUGGCGCGAAAAUCGGAUGUUUGGGGAUUUCUCUCUCUGUGGAAAACAGGGGAGAGGGAAAAGGAUGUUUGGUGGCGGCGCCGGAGUAUGAGAGAGAGAGGAUUGUUUCACCAAGCGGCGAUGUGUUCGCGUUCGGUGUGGUGGUGCUGGAGGUCGUGUCGGGGCGGGCUCCUGCGAGUGUCGGCGGCGGAGGGAGUAUUUCCGAUGAGAUAGAGAGGGUUUUGGCAUCGGAAGAGGAAUUGAGGGGGUGGGUGGAUUGUAAGAUGGGGGAAAGGUUCUCGAUUGAUGCGGCGGUGGAGAUGGCGAGGCUCGCGAGGCGUUGUGUGGAAGAGGACGCGGCGGCGCGGCCUGGCGCCGGGGAAAUCGCGGCGAGGCUGUUGAAUCUUGUGGAGGAGUUGGCGGCGGAGGGUUGA